GCUGGAGCGGCCGCCCCAGCGCAGCGCAGCCCCGGCGCGGCGAUGAGGGGCAUCCCGGGCUUCAAGCGGCUGCGGCUCAAAAUCUGGCGGCGAUGCGCCCUGCUGCUGCUCCUCCUCUGGGCUGCCUGCUGGGUGCUGGUGAGCGCUGCGCUGUUCCUCCUCCACAGGAGCGUCUUCUCCGACAGCUGCACGGACGAGAAAAGCCACCGGAUCCUGGCCAGGCUGGGGUAUGGUUCUGCUAUGAAUAUUCUGCUCUUUCACUCCAGUGCCUCGACUACAGCAGCGGAGCCCUGACUGGGGACCUCUGUGAAGACCUGUGUGUGGCGCAGAAGCUGGUGUACAAACACUGCCUUUACUAUGACAGAGGUAAGAAGGUCAUCCAGGCUGAUUGGAGAGGCCAGCCCAUCAUACUGAAAUCUAAAAAAGAAAGCUUUUCAAGCUACCAGCACCUCAGUAUGCUAGAGGAGGUGGAAACACAGGAUAUCCCUGAAACAGAGCUUCUGCUUAUGGUGGCUUUGGAGGUCAAAAAUGCCCUGGGGCUAGAACUGUCUAACAAUACCAUGGGGCCCCUGUGGACAAGGAAGAAGGGACCACGUUGGAAAGCACAGGUGGCCAGCAUGUGGUCCUUGCUCCAGCAGGAAGAAUAUAUCUACUUCAGUUUGCUGCAGGACUUCAGCAAACAUGUGCUACGAAUUAUUGGCUCUUGUGGACACUUUUAUGCUGUGGAGUAUCUCACAGCUGGACAUGCCUGGCACAAAACUCUUUUUCCCUUGGAAAACGUGAUGGGCCCCUCCCUUACUGGCCACAGAAGCAGGGUGAGAGCCAUCAUUGACAUUGCACUCAGCUUUCUGGACAUGGUGCAGCACUUUGAUAAUGAUUUCUCUCACCGCCUUCACCUGUGCGACAUCAAACCAGAAAACUUCGCUAUCAGGCACGAUCUCACGGUGGUGGCCAUUGAUGUGGAUAUGGCCUUUUUUGAACCCAAAAUGAGGGACAUCCUGGAACAGAAGUGCACAGGAGAUGAAGACUGUAAUUUCUUUGAUUGCUUUUCAAAAUGCAAUCUGAAAAUCAGAAAAUGUGGAGCACAGAGAGCCAAUAACAACUUGCAAGUCAUUUGUGACAAGAUAUUCCGUCGCUGGUUUUCCCCAAGUCUCAGAGGAGCGCUGGUCUCCCUGCCCCUGCAGCUGCAGCUGCAGAAAGCCGUGCAGGAGUGUGCUCAGCCGGGGCACACGGGUGCCAUGGGGCACCAGAGGGCUCUGAAAUCCCUCUCGGAGCUCUACCACCUGCUGAGGGUCACCCAGCGAGAGCUGCAAGGGCCAGAGUAGGCACAAAGGGCAGAACUGCAAAGGCCACACCCAGUCUCUCUGCCAUCCCUCCUAACCCUGGAUUUUACAGCACAGAGAUUGCUUUUCUGCUAUGCAAAUGAAGUUCAUAGCUGCAGGUGCAGCACGUCCUGAUAAUAUCCUCCAAAAUGUUAAAUUGCUUUACAUUACUUGGAUUCUGUUCUUGCUUGUUCUCCUGAGGAAGCACUACCCCUCUCCAUCAGCAUACAGCACAUCCUUCUGGGCUGCAGUCACUGCUCAGACAGCAUCUGUCUGUGUGUGGUGCUCAGAGGAUGCACUGACAGAAGAAAAGUGUAAGUGCAGCAAAACUUGAUCAGUAAUUAAAAGAAUGGGUGGGUGGGUGUGAAUAAGUACGUGCAUGGUGUUUGUUUUAGUUUCUCUGUCAAAUGGGGUGGGUUUUUACAGUAGAUACAGAGCAUUUUGUGUGAGGAAAAAAAGAGGGGGGGAUCUCAAACAGGGAAAUGUGCUGUCACACAAGGAAAGAGUUGCUUUUGCACUAAGCAAUCCUUCCUGAUGGCCCCAAAUGCAUUUUCUCUGGGCCAUUGCAUUACCUGUGCCAUUGCUGACUAUUUUGGGGAAAAAUUAUAUAAAGGUACUUUGGACUUUUCUAGGGCAAAAUAAUUAUACCCCUGCUGAGCUCCCAUGUGGGUACUCAUAUUCUGCAGUGAAGAGGUAUGAAUAAUGCUACUGGAUUUUCCCAUGUGAACAAGCCCUCAGGCACUUGUACAUCAGAGCACUUGAUAAGAAGCACUCCUUUGCCAGAGAGCAGAAUUGCCCAGGAAUGUCAACAAUCUGUCCUUUGCACAGAACAAUAUCCAGAUGCGGAGUUUUCUUCCAUGGUAUUUUCUUAAUUAACAAUAGGAAAAUUUUUUGUACAAAUUCAUUAUCUUGCAAUCAGUUACGCAAAUAAAGAUCUCUAGAUUAACUUAAAAA